AUGGCAAUCGCGAAGAUGAAAGGGGGCUUGGACUUUGUUGCUGCACAUCCUCGUGGCACAUCAAUGCGUGGGUACUACGGUAUGCUCGCCAUUCUCAGCGGUGGUGGUGGACUUCUUGAUGAUCAGCGCUAUGCGGAGCUAAGCAUGGUAUCGAUGCUCUACGAGCUCUUCACUGAGAAUUUUGACAAGGGCGAUCGAUUGUUCGACAUUGUUGAGGAAAUUUGGGAGGAUGCCGACAUCAUCGAUGAUCUAUCGUCGGAUCUGGGUCUCCUGUACGACACUGUCAAAGAACUCGACAAUGUAGACCGUACACCCGCUUCUGACCCUGAGAAUCUUGAUGGACUGAAGGCAUCAGUAGCAAUUGGCUUCGCCAAUGUUGCGCCGCUGAAGUGGGCGGUCACCGAGAAUAACUUCCCGAAACCAUUGCGAGAACUUGUUCAGUUCCUACCACGGGCUCAACUCUUGCCGGACGGUGCUGUGGAGAAUCCUAGUGGCUAUAGCUUUGAGAUCUCAGUGUACUGCCAGCCAACUGAUGAGCAGCGCAUCAAUGGAGAGGAUCACCCGAGGUAUCUCGUGUAA